AUGGUUCACUACGAUGACAAGCCCGGCCAUGCCGAGGAGCUCGAGAACAAGCCCGGCGCUGUCUUCUCCGAAAAGGCAGCUGUAAGCGACUUCAGAGCUGAAGCUAUCGAGGCCGAGAAUGUCGAACACAACAUGACGGUCAUUGAGGCCAUGAAGGCUUACCCCAUGGCUUCUUUCUGGGCCUUUGUCAUGUCCUGCACAAUUAUCAUGGAAUCCUAUGAUGUCUUUCUCAUGGGCAACUUUGUCGCUCUUCCCGCUUUCGUCAAGAAGUUCGGCGUCGACGCUGUUGUCGACGGUAAGGCAGUCAGGGUCAUCGCAACACAGUGGCAGUCGGCGCUCCAGGUUUCUGGACAACUCGGUGCUCUCAUCGGUGUCUUCGUCGCUGGUCCUCUUACCAGCCGCAUCGGUUACCGCUACGCUACUCUGACUGGUCUCAUGCUCCUGAACGCCUUCAUCUUCGUCUUCUACUUCGCCAACUCGCUUCCCGUCAUGUUCGCCGCGCAGAUCCUUGAGGGUAUCCCAUGGGGAAUCUUCAUCGCCAACGCACCCGCCUACUGCAGUGAGAUUGUGCCCCUCAGACUCAGAGCUCCUGCCACUCAGAUGUUGCAAAUGUUCUGGGCUAUUGGUAGCAUCAUCGUCGGUGCCGUCACCUACCGUUACAACAAGCAAGACGGCGCCGAGGCUUACAGAAUUCCCAUUGCCCUUCAAUGGCUGUUCCCCACUCCUCUCGCUAUUCUCAUCUUCUUCGCUCCCGAGUCACCCUGGUGGUUGGUCCGCAAGGGAAGACACGAGGAGGCUGCAAGAUCCGUUGAACGUCUUGGAAAGAAGUCUCAGGUCAACUCUGCUGAUGCAGUUUCCAUGAUGCGCCGUGUCGUUGAAAUGGAAGCCUCUGCAAAGAAGCCCAGCCAUCUCGAACUCUUCAAGGGCACCGACCUUCGCCGUACUCUUAUCGUCUGUGGUGUUUACGCCGCCCAGAACCUUACUGGUAACUUGAUCGCCAACCAGGCCGUCUACUUCUUCACCCAGGCCGGUAUCAAGAGUGACACCGCCUUUGCCCUUGGUCUCAUCACCUCCGCUCUCCAGAUGAUUUUCGUCAUGCUUUCAUGGAUUCUCACCACCUACUACGGCAGACGUUCCAUCUACCUCUGGGGUUCUGCCGUCAACACUGUUCUUCUGGUCGCCCUCGCCUCCCUCGGUCUCAUCGUUUCAGUCUUGUUCACACUCGGUCCCGCUCCCGCAUCUUGGGUCAUCAUCGGUGAAACUUCCGCCAUCCGUCUCAGACCUCUCACCACUGGUAUGGGUCGCGCCACCUACUACAUUGUCGAGAUCCCUUGCAUUUUCCUCGCCUCCUACAUGCUCAACCCCACCGGCGGUAACCUCGGUGGCAAGUGUGGUUACGUCUGGGGUGGUACUGGUCUCGCCUGUCUCGUCACUGCAUACUUCUUCCUUCCCGAGAUGAAGGGUAGAUCUUACCGCGAGAUUGACAUCAUGUUCAAGCGCAAGAUUCCCGCUCGCCAGUGGAAGAAGACCGAGAUUGAUGUCAAUGAUGAUGAGUAG